AUUGCUACAGGUAAAGCAUGAUAUUACACAUGGUUAUACACAGCCAUAGUUCAACUUGACGCUGACACCUUUGUCGCACGUGGUCGAACUUGGGAUAAAGUUGACUUAAUCCAACUGUGGCUCGUGAAAGUAAAAUAUAGUGGGGAUGCUGACUGAAAUUGUGCAUAAAGUUAACAUAGAAUUAUCAAUGAUUCAUCUAGACGAUAUAUAGAUUAUACGAUGAGGUUAGAAAAACCACUUUCUGGAAAUUCACUGUUUGCAAUCACCAAACCUGAUCUGCGACGUCAUUUGCGUACAGUGCGAAUCCAUACGGACUUUUAAUUGUUAAUUCAUGCUUAUUUGAUAUCAACUGAAUGGCAAUGUUUACAUCCAGAAGGCUACUCAAAGCUGCUGCUAUUGGAACAAUUGGAUUGGGUACUCUGGCUUCUCUCCGAGCAAAUGAGUACGACAUUGGAGCUAUUGGAAUCGUACGGCUGAGUCGUGCUGCGCUCGCGGUGCUUGAUAUAGGUCGUUAUUACCAGAAGGAACUGUACAACAAUAAAUUGGACAGGACGUCCGCAGAAUAUCUGCAGCUGAAAUCAGAUGCUCACAAAUAUGGAGCACAAAAGCUGCUGGAACUCUGUUGUGCUAAUAAGGGAGUCUACAUCAAAGUGGGUCAGCAUGUGGGUGCAUUGGACUACCUGUUGCCCCAGGAAUAUGUGCACACUAUGCGGGUGUUGCACAGUUCAGCGCCUCAGGCUUCGUUUAAAGAUGUGCUCACAGUGAUCAGAGAAGACUUCAGAAAAGACCCAUACGAGAUAUUUCAGAGCAUCGAUCCAGAGCCCUUGGGCACCGCCAGUCUCGCACAAGUGCACAGAGCCGUGCUGAAGAACGGCGAUGUAGUGGCUGUGAAGGUGCAGCAUCGCGCUGUCAAGAGCAACUCCUACGUCGACAUCAAGACCAUGUCGGCCCUGGUGAAGAUCACGUCGCUGGUGUUCCCAGACUUCAAGUUCGACUGGCUAGUGCAGGAGACGAAGCGGAACAUCCCGCAGGAAUUGGACUUCAUUCGUGAAGGCAGGAACGCCGAGAAAGUGCAGAGGCUCUUUGAGAGCUACCGUUGGCUGCGAGUGCCAAAGAUAUACUGGGACGUGUCAUCGUCACGCGUGCUCACGAUGGAGUUCCUCGAAGGCGGACAGGUGAACGAUCUGGAAUACAUGCGUGUUCACCAGCUGAAUCCGUACGAAGUCACCAGUAAGCUCGGUCGACUGUACAGCCACAUGAUCUUCAUCGAGGGCUUUGUGCACUCGGAUCCGCAUCCGGGUAACAUCCUGGUGUGCAACCGCGACUCCCAGGCGGAGAUCGUGCUGCUGGAUCAUGGUCUGUACGCCGACCUGUCCGAUCAGUUCCGCUGGGACUACUCGAAGCUGUGGCUGGCGAUUCUCGACGGCGACCGGGCGGCCAUGAAGGAGUACUGCGAGCGACUCGGCGUCGGCGAUCAUUACGGCCUGCUGUCGUGCAUGGUGUCGGGCCGUACGUGGGACACGAUCGUCUCGGGUGUGCGUAAGACCCGUUACAACGCCCGCGAGAAGGCGGAGUUUCAGCAACACAUUCCGAAUCUGCUGCCGCAAAUCAGCACUGUGCUGGACCGCGUCAAUCGGCAGAUGCUGCUGAUACUCAAGACGAACGACUUGAUGCGCGGCAUCGAAUAUUCGCUGCGCACUCAAUCCAGGAUGUCGGCUAUGAUGGAGAUGUCAAGGUGCUGCAUACGCUCUGUGUACGGCGAGAAACUCAGACGAUGCUCGAGCACGUGGGACAGGUGGCGGGUGUCUUUCGCGGAGCGCUGGACGCUCCUUAAGCUGUCGUUUUAUUACACGUAUCUGGGUUUGAUACACUUCGACCUGAAAACCUCGGUCGAUUCUCUAUGGAACAAGGACUUUUACCCGUUUUAACGACAGCUUCUGUUUAGGUCAAAAGUGUUUGUUAUUUGAUUAGGAACGAAUUGUUGCGUUCUCCCUGAAAGAUCUGUUCAUUUUAAUAACGAACAAAAAAUUGGACUCAAAAAUGUUAUAGAUAUAUAUAUAUUUUAUACUCUAAACUGGUGUAGAUAAACAUAGAUAAUUUGAUAC